AUGGCCUUUCAGGACCUCCUGGAUCGAGUUGGAGGCCAGGGAAGAUUCCAGAUCCUUCAGGUGGUUUUCUUCUGCAUCGUCAACCUCAUCGUGUACCCUCAUGUGUUACUUGAGAACUUCACCGCAGUCGUCCCUGGUCACCGCUGCUGGGUCCGCAUCCUAGACAACCGCACUGACCCUGCUAACAGCACGGGGGUCCUCAGCCAAGAAGCCCUCCUGAGAAUCUCCAUCCCACUGGACGCAAACCUGAGGCCGGACAAGUGUCAUCGCUUCCCCCGCCUGCAAUGGCAGCUCCUUCACCUGAACGGGACCUUCCCUAACACGAGUGAGGUGGACACAGAGCCCUGUGUGGACGGCUGGGUAUACGACCAGAGCUCCUUCCCCUCCACCAUCGUGACUGAGUGGGACCUGGUGUGUGAAUCUCAGUCACUGAAAUCAAUGACCAAAUUCUUAUUCAUGUUUGGCAUGUUGGUGGGAAGCAUCGUAUUUGGCUAUUUAUCAGACAGGUUGGGGAGGACGUUAAUUCUCAAGUGGUGUUUCCUCCAGCUCGCCAUCACCGACACCUGUGCAGCCUUAGCUCCCACCUUCCUCAUUUAUUGUACACUCCGUUUCCUGGCUGGCUUUGCCACCAAGACCAUCCUGAUAAACAGCAUAAUGCUUAUUGUAGAAUGGACAGUGCCCAAAUUCCAACUCAUGGGAAUGGCAGUGGCCACAUGUGGUGCAUGCGUGGGACAGAUGAUCCAGGGAGGACUGGCUUUUGCCAUUCAAGACUGGCAUACCCUUCAGCUGGUGUUUUCUGUACCAUUAUUUGUCAUUUUUCUUUUCUCAAGGUGGCUGGUGGAGUCUGCUCGGUGUCUGAUUAUCACCAACAAACCCGAGAAGGGCUUAAAGGCACUUAGAAAAGUUGCCCUCCUGAAUGGAAAGAAGAAUGUCGGGGACACCCUAACCAUGGAGGUUUUGAGAUCCAGCAUGCGGGAGGAGCUGGAGGCAGCCCAGGAAAAAACCUCUCUCCGUGAUUUGUCCCGGACACCUACCCUGCGCAGAAGGAUCUGUUUUAUGUCUUUUGUGAGGUUUGCGAUCUACAUGUCUUUUUACGGCCUGAUUCUCCACCUCCAGCACUUUGGAAGCAAUGUUUACCUGUUCCAGGUUCUCUUCGGUCUCAUCACCUUCCCAGCCAAUUAUAUUGGAGUUUUGGCACUGAGUCAUAUGGGUCGUCGAAUAAGCCAGACGAUUUUCUUGUCCUUCCUUGGAAUCUCCAUUCUGACCAUCACAUUUCUGCCUGAAGAAAUGCAGACCCUGCGUCUUGCUUUGUCAACUCUGGGAGUCGGAGUUUGCACGGCAGCUCUGAUGUGCAAUUCAAUCCAUGGAAACGAACUAAUCCCUACCGUAAUCAGGGCAACAGCUGUAGGAAUCCUGGGAAUCGCUGCUAAUCUCGGGGCAGCCCUGGCUCCCGUCUUGAUAAUCCUAACCGUGUCUUCUCCCCACCUGCCCUGGAUCGUGUAUGGAGUCUUCUCCAUCCUCGCUGGCCUUGUUGUCCAACUCCUUCCUGAAACCAGGAAUCAGCCUCUGCCUGACUCCAUCCAGGACCUGGAAAAGGAGAGAAACGGCUCAAGGAAAGUAAAGCAGGAAGAUACUUUCAUGAAAGUGACAAAGUUUUAAUGAAGUCCAGGAACUAACUGCUACUCAAAGCGCAUAUAGAAGAAGGAAAACCAGGACCGUUCCCAGAAAUUGGGAAAGUUUGUAAAAUAAAAUAAAAAGAUGUGAUGGAAUAGCA